AUGGCCAAGAUCAAGCGAGGCGAGAAGCCCACUCAAGAGGAGAUGCUCAAUAUCAAACGCGUCGAGAUUGCGGGGAAUGAGCCCGUGCAUGAAAUACAUAUUCCAUUUGACGAUGCACAGCCAACUCUGCCACCUCCGAGUAUUAUGAAGCACCGAAAGCACCGCGGGCAUCAUUUCUAG